UUGAAUCGGUUCGCGCGCUCGCCCGUUGGUGUACAGGCGUCACUGCCAGAGACUACCCCUUUGUUCGUGAAAUCGGCUCUUUCUAUGCCGUUCAGGCAACAGCCAAAGAGAGAGAGGUUUCUCAGAUCUACGAGCGCUCUGCGGACAGGGGAGGAACGCUUUUUGAGCGUCAGCCCUUUCUCGGACCACCACACGAUAUUGUUGCACAAUAAAAGCCACAAAAAUGUUGUCUCUAUAGGGCGACAAACAGAACAUCUGCGUCAGUCGAUGCUACUGAUCGAUAAAGGCGAACCCCGUGGCGACCUACAGCCGGUUAAAAUACUAUCCCCCAGUAUUCAUGCUUGAUUGGAAGGCGUGGUCAUAACAGUGUUUGUUUAGUGUAAGUCUAGAACCAGUCCGGUGGUAAGGCAUGAUACUAUGGCUAAAUCUACCACAUAAUGUCUGCCUUGCUUGCGGACGAUCAACGCUACUGACAACAAUUACAACGGUCAAACUAUACACCCUCAGAAUCACUCAUCCCCGGAGUACAGUUCGAGUCACGAAUUCUUGACGAAUAACCAUGGAAGUGCUCAGAUUACCAGUGGCACACGACACAGCUUCAAAUGCCUUUAAAGUCUGUCCUCUGAACCGGCUUAUCUUUCCUCGUCCUUACGUACUCAGGGCAUGCAAUACCAAUCAGAUAACAACUGAAGCUAGACUCCCCGUUACAAAUUAUAAAAUGGGAUUCCUAUUGUAGUUCUGCUGUAUAUAUUUAUACAAUUUUAAAUGGUAGAUUGGGAGCAAACUGUCUACGUUUGUCCCAUGGAACAGAACAUCGCCUUUGAAGACUCCAUUGCUCCCCAGUUACCGUAUCAAAAAACACAGUCUUCGUCACCGGAUUUCUCUUCGUGUACACAUCCCAGGCGAGGCGGAAACACGUUACACGCUCGCUGUCCCAGGUCUUCCGGUGCGAAGGAAGGAGCACGCGAUUGGGGAAGGCGAACGAGGGUUAAAACGAAAGAACACACCGGGCAGCUGUGCCACGGAAGGCCAAAAGCUACACCUGCAUUCUCUUGUCCCGCCCCCAUCCUCUCUCCAUGCGAAACGCCUCGCGAUCUCUGUGAUUCGCUAGACAGUUGUCAAAGAUGGUUUACGGUGGCUCUUUUUUCAGAGUAGCACAUUCUAGAUUGCAGGCCUUGUUUCCACGAUUUUCCCCCGGAUUCGGCGCUCAGCGACGUAGGUCGUGCGAUGCUGUCGUUUCGCGCCUUCCAGGUACUCAGAAGCGACUUUGUGUUUUGCUACAUAAACUCCAAACCCUGCGGGCUCUUGCACACAGAAACGUAAUCUUUACUGGCGUUGCGCCACAGGGUGUGCCAGAUGGAUUCGUACGAACAGACACGACACACAGCCUCUCGGCAGGUCCACGCGUGUCUUUCCUUGAAUUUUGCGUGGAAUUCCUUCUUUUUGCCGUGAGCUAUCUCCCAACCAUCAAUCAGUUGUGCGGGAAGUCCGUUCUCAAACGAUUUGCCGCGUAGUUCGCUGUGUUGGACCGGUUCUGCCACCGUCAAGCGCAAGUUGACGACGUGCUACUCGACUCACGCGCCCGCGCGCUGACGUACGACACUUCACGCAAAAAGUUCCAUUUCACCGACUUCGGUUCGGCGUAUAUUCGGAGUUCUUCCCAUUGGAGGCUGUGCUGUCGUGCAAGUGUGUUCUGCAAGUUCUUCUGAGCAUUUUCGUCCAAAUCAAGCAGAUACGCAGAAGUCUGAGCGACGUAUCCUCAGUCCAGCGUCGUCUUUCCAGUAGGAAGGCAUGGAGGCUUGCGUGUUUUUUACCUAAAUAACCUGGGGGGUGGGGGGUUGCCGAGCGUCUGAGUGAGCGUUUCGUCGUGUGGGCGAGCGUUUUAUCUAGGUAAUGCCCAUCACGAAGCCCACACAUUUCGUACCACUCAUUAAAGGGUACCGAUUGCAGAAGAGCCUGUGCCGCGACAACAUCGCGAGUGCUUGCAUCUGGCAGUGAGGCAUCAGAGUCGCGCGAACGAACGGCGGCCAGGAGGCUGGAUGGGGGCUGGACGGAAGGCCAAAUCCGCGGCACCCAUUAAUAAGAAGGUUGAAAGUACCGCCCUCUACCGUACACGCUCUCGAAUAGCGGUGAAGAAGAAGCAGACCGCUUGCCAGGGUGUUUGUCUAGAAGCAUUUUCAGGCGGACACACCUGCAUACACUUGCACCGGAUGUCAGUAGGUCUCCUUACAGGUGUACGCGCGAAGGGGAUGUAUAUUUAUACAAACGUACAUAUAUAUGUGUCAGGACGAGAACCAGACGCACUUUGGAUUUGUCCACGCGUAUCGCGACUAUGUAAACUCGUCCAUUUUUUUUCAAGUGGGUAUGACUUAGCGAUUGGGGGUUCUGAGGCGAAGCCCAAGAGAGCGGGUGUGUGAGCGAGGCAGUGAGGCGCGAAAAGUGUGGAAUGUGACGUUUUGCGGAGCAGACUUGCUGGGACGCUGACAACAGGAGGGGUUGCUCGAUUCCGUUUUGCGGGGGUUCCGCGUUGGAUUUCCCCCGAGUUUUUUUCGUCAGAAACGCGCCUUCUUCAUUUGUCGCCGAUCGCACGCCGCCAACGAAAAACUUUUCCCCGCGAGACUUCCGGACGCUGGUGUGGCGAACAGGGUUUCCUCCACUCCGGCAACUGAGCGUUGAAUUUCCAGUCAGAGAGCCACAGGCGUGCAGAGAGGCUUGGCUGCGCACAGAAAACGCACGAAACCCUUGCAAAAUGCUUUUGGGUCCGUGCUCUUUUCUCUCCCCAGCCUCCCCGUUCCAGCAACUGUUCCUCGCUGUUCCCGUUGCCCUCUGCAACGCGUCGCCCUGCGCUCGUCCACGCAACUCUUUUAUCAGCGGCAACGCACGGAAUCUUUCUGCAUUCCUCUAUUUGUACAUCCAGUCUACUUCCCUCUCUUCCUUUCCCCUUCCUCGCCCUCCCAAACCAGCCACACCACUCCUUCCCGCCCAACGGCGGCGAAACGGAUGGCGAAGCGAGUGAGAAAAAAUGCAACUCGACGACCGCGUACAAGAAAUUGAUUUUUCCCGCCACAGAGAAAGGCCGGUGCUGCCACCGGGGAAAAUGUGACGGGAGCGCGCACCGUUUCGUUCGUGCGUCAUUCAUUUGCUUCUCUGGGGGUUCCUUCUCCCGCCCUCCCCUGCCGUGCGUUCGCGAGUUCACCUCGAACUUUUCCGCCGCUCUCCUUUGUCUCGUUCUCAAUCCUGCUCGUCUUCCUGCGCGUUACGUUUUUCUAUGCUACCCUUCGUCUCCCCGCGUCUCCUUCUCGUUUCAGGCAAAAAAGAGGAGCGAGAGGCGAGAGCACACCGGAAAAAACUGCCUUCGUCUCCCUUCGCUGUACAGCUCUCUCCCUCACAGUUCCUACCUCUCAGCUGUCUUCCGUCAACUUCGUCGUUCUGCCUCUCCCUGGGCUUGACAAACAGACACACUCUCCCGUCUCAUCCUAGCGCUUCGUUUCUCUCUUCUCCCUUCCUUUCCAAGGCCUCGGCUCACUCGUCAUUUUUCGACUGCCCGGCAACCCCGUCUCGGUUGUACACUUUUUUCACGCGGUUCCUACUUGCAGCGAGAGUGCUACAGACCGGUCGAGCUUGUUCAUCGCUGCUCGUGUUUUCUUCCAUACCAGUCCCCCAUAAUUGUCUUAGACUUUUCCUCUCCGCCAGACCGUGCAUUUUCGCCCGGCCGAUUUCUUUUCGGUAGGUUCUCGAUUUCGCGAAAACAAGGGAGGGUAACGACGCUUCGGGUGUAUGUACACCUGAAGGUGUGGCCGGGGAGGACGCCGUGGGAGUCUUCCGAUUUCCUUUUCUCUGUGUUUGACUUUUAACAGGUUUGUGUGACCUUUUCCGCCGCAGUUUCCCCUCUUCUUUCUGUGUACCUGUACGCCCCCCCCCCCGCCCCGGCGCGCGACGAACAUGGCCAUCCGUCUCUCUUCGUUUUCGUUUGUCCUUUUGUCGAUCAAAAACCGCUCCGGGUGACGGGUUGUCUCCACCUUCCGUCCAGUUGCCUUUCUCACACUCCUUGCUCGAAGCAAGCGUUGAGUCGCAGUCUUUCUCACUCCGCGAUCCCCCCUGAGACAACAAGAAAACUAUGGCCGCGUGAAGACGAUUGCAUUCUGGAGAGAGAGAGCUGGUGUGGGAGAGGAGAACCGGCGAGGCGUCGGCGUUUUCAGUCGUGUCGCUUCUUCUUAAUAGUCUCUCUCACAAUCGUUCCUCUGUCUCUUUUUUCUCUGACUAGCACCUGUCGCUUUUCGUUUGUCGCCUCUCGUUGCCAAUUCAAUUUCGAUAUCUCGUCUCUCGACAGCAUCUUCCUCUCGUCGCUUCUUCUCCAUUUGAAUGGUUGUCCGUCCUCUCCCCUUUUUCCUGUUUUGACUCUCGCAAGAGCCCACUUCCCCUUCGCUGGAGGAUCUCCCACGUCGGCCACAGCUCCGCUUCGCGCGGUAUGGCCCAGAGACUGACGGCCUCGACGGGCAUUGCCAGCGCCCCUGCGAAUCAGUCUUCUACAUUGUCUCCAUUUUCUCAAGAUCUCCCCACUCAGCGACCGCGCGAUUCGACCCUCCAAAACGGAAGUUCUCCACCCCGAAAGGCUGGCCAUACCUCUUUCUCUUCUCAUUCUUUGCCGCUCUCUUCUUUCCAGUCUUCCUCUUCGCUCUCCGCUUCUCAGUCUUCCUCUUUGCUCUGUCUACCUCAGUCGUCGUCUUCGCUCAUUUCACCUCAGUCUGCCUCCUCGCUCAUUUCACCUCAGUCGUCGUCUUCGCUCAUUUCACCUCAGUCUUCCUCUUCGCUCAGUUCACCUCAGUCGUCGUCUUCGCUCAUUUCACCUCAGUCUGCCUCCUCGCUCAUUUCACCUCAGUCGUCGUCUUCGCUCAUUUCACCUCAGUCUUCCUCUUCGCUCAGUUCACCUCAGUCGUCGUCUUCGCUCAUUUCACCUCAGUCUGCCUCUUCGCUCAGUUCACCUCAGUCUUCCUCCUCGCUCAUUUCACCUCAGUCUUCCUCUUCGCUCAGUUCACCUCAGUCUUCCUCUUGUCUCUCUUCUGUCCAGUCUUCCUCUUCGCUCAGUUCACUUCAGUCUUCCACUUGUCUGUCUUCUGUCCAGUCUUCCUCUUCGCUCAGUUCACCUCAGUCUUCCUCUUCGCUCAGUGCACCUCAGUCUUCCUCUUGUCUCUCUUUUUUCCAGUCCUCCUGUUCGCCCAGUGCACCUCAGUCUUUUUCUUUUCUGUCGUCUUCGUCUUCCGUGUCUCAAUCUGCUUCUCUGACUUCCCUGUUCUCGGGGACUUCUGUCGCUGCCAAGUCCUCUGCGUCUUCCCGUAGAGAGCCUGGCCCGCUGCUCCCGACACUCCCCCCGCGAGCUUCCUGUCUGCGCCCCGGUGUCUCCGUUUCGCCCCUCAGAAGUGUCUCCGUUUCGUCCCUCAGAGGUGUCUCCGGUGUCUCCGGCUCUGCGAUGGCGACGCCGGCGCGGUGGGCCGGCCUGGUGACGGGUCGGGGCGACAAGGAGGAGGUGAAGUGGGAGCUUUUUGUGGAGCUCGACAAGACCGCGAAGCGGCUGUCGAUUCUUCUAGACUGGAAGGAGAACAAGGCGAAUGGGUAUCGUUUGUCGGUCCUCGACGACGCGAAACUCGAAUCCUUUUCUCAGUGGCUGGACAUUUUCCUGGCGGAGCAGAACGUGGAGGGUCUCACGAGCUCAGAGGUCUGUCUGUCGAACAACAGAAUUACUCACGUCGGCUUGGACCAUCUCCUCACCACUCUGAUUCGACGGAAGGUCGGGUGUCGUAUCAUGAAACUUUACAGGAACAACAUCUCUGACCCAGGGAUGGUGUGUCUGUCGCGUUACAUCUCUGCGACGCGAGAACCGCUGCACGAGCUGCAUCUGUCGCACAAUAAAAUCACGGCGCGCGGCGCGGCGACGCUGCUGCGGGCGUUGGCGGCGCAUGCAGGCUAUCCACGCGUGGGUCGCAAGGGGAAGUUGGUGCCGCUCUGGCUGCGCCUGGAACAGAACGAGAUCACGCAGGUGAACAAGCUGAUGGUGUUCAUCCACUCCAAGGGCGUCGCGUUCUGCACAGAGAAGAACCGAGACUUGUGCGGUCCAAGCAAGUGUCGACAUGCAACCUCGUCGUGGAGCCCCCUCGUCCACCUCUACGUCAUCGACCACCAGACGCACGAGUCUGGCGGCAGUCUCCUCAUCCCAGACGUCGCCUCCCAUGUCGCCUCUCGCCAGGCGCUGCUGUCCCUCGAAGAAGUCGAGAAGGGAGACAAGAAGGACGAGAAGAAGGCGGCGAAGACGGAGGAGAGUGACGAGAAACUCGAGGACAAGGAAGAGAAGGAAACGCCGGCUGUGGCAGAGCCGAGGAAGAGUUGUUGGUUGACGAGGAAUGAGUCGGUGCUCGGGACUGGGAGGGGGCGAGAGGAGAAGGACGGAAGGGAAGACGGGGAGGAGGGAGGCGCAGGCCCCGAAGGAAAGUCGACUGCGCUGGGCCGCGACGUUGACGGCUCAGGCGAGAAAAAAGCCGUGUCAGGAAGCAGCGCGAUCUGGGGCAGGCAGACAGGCGAGAAGAAGGAAGUCGAGGAGAAACUGCCCGCUCUCGAUGCCACAGACCAUGCGUCCUGGCCGGACAUUCGCAGUGGCAGCCUCCGACAGGGCCGCGGCCCGCGCUGGGGCGCCGUCGCGUCCGCGGACGCGUCUGAAGGCUGCAACGGCGGAGAGAAAGAAGCUCCGAAGACAGACGCUUCGGCAGCGGACUCCAGCUCUUCACAGAACGACGAGGGAGUUGCGGAUGAGCGGCCGCGACCCUGCGGAUCGGAUGCGCGAGAACACAGCCGUGAAGAACGAGGCGGAUGCGCAACGCCUGCUCUGUCGACCACGGCGAGGUCAACGGCGCAGGAGGACAGAGAGGGGACGGGGCUUGGAGUGGAGUCACGGGUCGCUGUCGGGGCCUCGCCAUCUUCUUCUCUUGCCUCUUCCACCCACUUACAGCACUCCCAGGGGGUCUCCGCUCGUGGGCUUCCGUCGCCGCGAGGCGAUGAGAGAGCAGAGGCGAAGAGUUGCGCGUCUCCUGCCUCGCCUCGCUCGCUCUCUUCCCUGGGGGAGAGACGAAACUCACUGGUCGCAGCCACCACUGCGUCGGCGCGGAGUCACGGCGCGAAGACCCGUUCGCGAUCCGGACAGCGGCAGGAGCUGCGCGCCUCCCAGGAGCCGGCGCCCGCGCAUGACUCGGACUCCCGCGGCGCCCCGCGCGAGGAGACAGGAGGCGACUCUUCGCGCCGCAGGGACGCGGAGGUGUGCGGAGCCUCUGGAGAGUUGAAACAAACGCGGCGGACACCUGAGGGCCCAGAGUCUGUGGAGAGUCUCGGAGACAGAGAGAGUGGUGGUGGGGACAGAAGGUUUCCGGAGAGACACAGAGACGCGGGGCCGGAGCCUCCGGGGCGCGACCGCGUCCGUGGCUUCUCUUCAGACUCCGCCCAGAGUCCAGGCGCUUUCCUCCAGACACGAGACGGCGUGAGCGCCGCGACAGGGGAUUCGAAGGAACGGGGAGACGCGGAGCAAGAGAAGGAUCCGUCGGAGACAACCUGUCCAUUUCCCUCUCUCGCUUCUUCCUAUGGAUUCUCCUCUCCCUCUUCGCGGGCGCCCUACGCGCCGAGAGACGUAGACAGUCAAAUCCGCUCCGAGGAGUGUAGAGACCCCCGAGCCGGCCCCGUCGCCGACCGACUGCGUGCAGAGACUGGGCAGAGGCCCGACCCGCGUUUCUCUUGCGCUGCGCAGUUCGCAUCACGAGUGGAGGACCCCCGGGGCUCACUUGCUCUCCGCAACAUGUCUUCCUAUGCUUCCCUGAAGGAAGAGAGCGAGCAAGAGCGAGUGCAGAGAGAUCGUGCAGAGAGAGAAAGAAUCGAGAGAGAGAGACAGGUAACUUUCUCGUCUUUCGCGCGCGACCGCGAGUGUGCUGAAGCACGGAGGAACGAGGAGAACGUGGAAGUGAAUGGGUUGAAGCAAGGGGGAUCGAAAGACGAGGCGGGGCCAUAUGAGGAGAGACAGAAGCAGGAAAACGUUGGUUUUUCGAGUUACGUCGCGGGCAGCAGACAUCCCCAGAGGGAGCCGUCGCCGUCGCUGCAUGCCCGGGCCUCCCUCGCCGAUGCGCGCCCUGUGGAGCCCAACAGCGGGUUCCCCUACGGAGCGUACCCUUUGGAGCCUCCAGGCCUGGGGACUGGGAGCACGGGGCGCCGGCGGAGCGGGACCAAGGGGCCCUUGGGCGCGCCCGAGAUGGAGGGGCCGUACGGGCCCAGCGAGACACGCAUGUCUCCAAGAGCGGAGGCGUAUGGCAACUCGACGCAGUUCCACCCACAGGCGUCCUUUCCCGCGUACGCGAGGCGCGAUUCGCGAGAAGAAGGCGCUCGCGCCUGGCGCGAAGGGGAGCGCGAGAAGAAGCCGACUCUCUCGGAUGUCUUCGCGGCGCUCCCCCCAGAGGCCCAGCAGGCGGCGGCAGACGCGUUUGCGAGCGAGCUCGCGGCGCGCCGAGAGGCGGAACGCUCGCGGGGCCGGGAGGGCCAGACGGACCCCGCGAAGACAGAGGCGGAGGCCGCGCGUGUGGCGUUUUUGUCUGUCCUGGCGCAGGCUUCGUUCUCUGAAGACCAGCCGAGCAAAGCCUCUUCAAGAGAGCCACAGAAAAGCCCCGAGUCGCGCGAUCUCCCGGAGGGUCGGGGGUACCCGGGGGUGAGUGACUCCGUGGCUGGGAGCUUGCGGGUCUUCCCAACGCAUGCAGGGCGGGAGGAUCGCCGUGGGCGAGAAGACGACAUGGCAUUCGAGAAGGAAAUAAGAGAGGCACCCGUAGACAGUCGACAGACGCGAGCCCAUGGCCUUCAGGCCUCGAGCGGGGGCGCGCGCGCCUUCGAACCGUGGUGGGGCGAAGGCGACUUCGGGGACCGGCGUCGCACCGAGAAGCCGGACCCGUUCUUGCCCUUUGUGACGAGGACGCGAGAGCCGGGCCGCGAGAACGAGGAGUUGCUGCCGUCCCUGUCUUCUCUUCUGAGCACGCAGACGCAGGGGGCCGCGUUCUACGGGCUCCAUGGCGAGGGGGUGAGACGCGAAGAGAAGGGGCACACGUACGCAGCCACGGCCUGGGCCAACUGCGCCCAAGUCCCCGAAGAGCCCCGCGGCGUCGACCCGCGAGGCGGCAGGUGCUCGUACCCAGGACUCUUCGGGAAGAGCGAAGCAAAGGGCCCCCGCGACGAGAGUCUCCGUCUAGAGUUCGCGCUCACGAGCUCCGAGGGACGCGCCGGCGCCAGCUCGCGGGCCUCAGGAAGCGUGGGGUCGUCUCAGGACUGGGCACAGCCGUCUGGCUCGGCCUCCUCCUUCUCCUUCUCCUUCUUUCCCGGGGCCUCGGGCGCGGUGUACGCGGGCGCAGAGCAGCGGCGCAUAAGCGACGGGCAAGCCCCGAAACGCGAGGACCUCGCGGACUUCGGGUCUGCACUCGGCGUCGCGCAGAGGAGACACGAGGCAGGCCAGGAGUCGUUCUCGCCCGUGAUUCAACCAGGGACUUCGCGAGGCCGGCCACCGUUCGCGAACCCCCCGUUUUUCGCUGAGAGCGACUACGUCUCUUCGCGUCUCAAGGCGACAGCGCAGGGUGACGGAGACGACCAGCGACUCCCUCGGGACGCGUCGCUGGGCGACAGCCGCCUCGCCCUCCAGAGUACCCGCGGAUCGACUUUCUCGUCACUUUCCGGAUCUGCUAACUCCGCCGCUUCUCUCCCCCCAGACGCGUUCGCUUUCGCGCCUCUAUCGGGGCGAAAGGGCGCCGGCGUCUCCGCCUCGCUGUGCCGUGGGAACUCGGACUCGCUGGCGAAUGGCCGGCUUGACGGCGAGCCUUCCGCGCGGGCCGACAGCGCCGCGGCUUUCAGUCGGACAGACGGCGAAGACCGGGUGGCUUUGUCGCCUUUCCAGCUCCUGCAGCAGAACUCGCUGUCGCGCGCGUUGUUCGCGCCAGGCGGGGCCGCGAGCCACGAGGAGCGUGCUCGCGAAAACGAGCGAGAAGAACUGGCCUUCCUCCGCCUGCUGCGCGGGCGCCAGGGCGAGGGCGCGGAGCCCGGAGACGGCGAGGCCUUCGCCGCGGCCCGAGCGUCGGCCGAGAAGGCUCGUCGAGAGGGUCCCUUCGCCUCACUCGCCUUCGCGGCCGACGCUCGGGCCGCGGGCCAGGAGCCGCGCGGCCGCAGCUCCCCCCGGGACGCACAGCCCCGCGCGGCUGAGGAGGCGUACGUCGAGGCCCGCGAGAGACCCGAGGAGGAGCGGAGGCGCUUCGGUCUUGGGCCCGCGGCGCCCGCGCGCCCCGCCCAGUUGCUGUGGGGUGCGCAGGCGCCCGACCGAGACCAGGAGUUUCCGUUCCGCGAGACCUCUGAGCGCGAGACGCAGUUCGAGACGCGGGACUUCUUGCGAGAGAACUGGCAAAAGUCGGAGAAAGGCAUCUUCUUCCCCAACAACGCGUUCAUUAACGGCGUGCCGCGGGGCGUAGACCGCGCGGGCAACGACGCGGCGUUCAAGAGCGGCUACGGCCGCCAGGCCUUCGCCUUCGAAGGCUCGGCGUACUCGGGCCUUGCGGGGCGCGAGCAUCCCGACGGCCGUGUGGGGGGAGUGGAGCGGGAGAGAGAACCGAAGGACAGAGACAGCGGCAGUGCCUCAGGCGCAGGCCCCCAGCCGCUUCCGGCCCGGAAAGGAGACUCCUUCUUCUUCGCUUCCCUUCCCGGUCCUGCCCCCGCUUUCCACGCAAACGAGGUAGCGCGAAGCAUGCACUACUUACCUCAGCAGUGAAGAGGGCGACAGGCCUGGCUCGGUCUGAGCCUCGAGAGGAAACGUCGCUGAAAGGCGAGCGGAGCAGACAGACGCGUCGCGGGAGGAGAGAAAGAACGCUGUUCUCAAAAAGAACACGGGGGACUUCCGGGAACGCAUGCAGUGAUGGCCGUGCAUGCAAACUGACAUGUCGCGAGACAAACGGUAUGUCGGCGUGAGUGCUCAGCAAGUCUGUGAGACAUUUUAUCUUCGAGACACAGGCGACGGCGACUUGUCGAAGGAAGGAGAGCGGAAGGAGAAGAAAGACAAAACAGAGGAAGGAAGAGAGAGACGGAGCAGCAGGGCCAAGAGAGGAGAACGAGGCUGGGGUGGCAUGAGAAGAAAGGAAUGAAGGUGGAGAAAAGGUGGAGAAAAGGCAUGCAUCUGAGACUUUUCAGAAGCAGCAGGUGUGGGCAGCACCAGAGUGAAAAGAGCGCGAAGGGCGCGGGCAUUGGAUCGUCCACUUUCGCGGCUUUCUGUCAUUGCCUUUUUCCUUUCUGGGAGGAGGAACAGGAGGCAGAGCAAACGUCGUGUAGGGGCUUCGACUCCGUUUUCUCUUGUAGAACAACGAAGACGUUUGUCUCCUCCGGAUUUACGCCCUUCUUCGUUCGCCGCGUUUUCGUCGCAUACGCCGUUUCGGCUGCGAGACGGCGAGACACUGUGUCGCUCUUUCGUCGUACUGGAAAGAAGCAGCUCUCUUCUUUCUCCUUGCGAUCGUCACGGCGAGCGAAAAAAGGCUGUCGGUGCUCUCCCGCUCAAGCAGGGCGCGAAGAGAAGCAGUCCACGUUUUCAACGAAACACGGUCCACUGAAGUUCGAGUCGAAAAAAGAGAGCGACAGACAGGAAGAAGACAAGAAACAGAGGAGGAGAACAAGAUUGAGAGAAAGGAGAACACGAGAGUGAGAAUGACUAGAGGGAGAGAAAGGAGACUAGAGACAGAAUGAGAACAAGAAAGAGCAAGUUGUUCGUCCUCGUGUGAUUUUAUGGUUUUAGGCUUGCGGGGUCAAAGAGGGUGUGCGUUUUCAACUGCUUUCAAGAGGAGAGAAAUGGUGUGUCUGCAUCUUCUGUCUUCUGAAGAAAGGAGGCAGAAAAGGUCGUUUAUUUUUUUAGAGGCGCGUCUAUGUAAGUUCAUAGAUGUAUCGAUGUACACAGAUGGAUUCUUAAAUGCUCGCGCACGAGAGGGAGGACGCUUUCUAACCUCAUCGUUUUUUUUCGAACAAAUGCUGUCGUUUCUCGUCGCUGUGCAUUGGCAGGAUGUCUUUUCGCUCUCUUCGUUCGUCUUUGUCCAGUCUUUUUCGGAGUUAACGACUCGAUUUUGGCUACGAAGUUCCCGCAUACCCAAGCGCGUGCACUGCAGGCUUCGCACUGCCUCAAGGCCCGAAGACGAGUUUUCAGUGGCAAAAAACCAAACCGAAACACCACACAAAAAUACGCGUGUGUACGCCUGUAAUACCGC